GUUGAAUAAUGAUAAAAUGUGUUUUGUUUUGUUCCCUGUUAUGAGGUUAGGUUUUGUAUCCAUCAUCUAUCACAACCACAACUCAACUAAACAGCAGUACUCAGUAUUAGCCUACCUACCUAUUUUAUUAAUUUUUACUCAAGAUCUAAGUAAUAUCAGUUAAAUAUUCUAGAAUAAACUGAUUCAAACAUUUUGUUGUAAAUAACUAGUAAAUAGAUUAUUGAAGCUAAUUUUACCUCAGCUUAUCCGUGAUUAAAAAACAUGUUUAAACAAAUCAGUGCACCUGUAAUUUGUCUAUUUAUCUUUUUCUGUACUUUGAAUGUGCAAUCAAGUCUUGGUUCAGACAGCGAGUACGACGGCCCAGUUAGCAUCACUCUGUAUCACUCGGUGAGCGCAGGACUGGAACCAGAAUGGUCGGAGAGAGGACACAUCGACAUCCAAAAUGUUGUUACUGGUGACAUGUCUGUGUCCCAGAAACCUGUAGAUGCUUCAUUCGCUAAAAGGCUUCAGGCUCUCGCAAAAUCAGAUGGAGUUUACAAAAUCAAGUCAGUAGUUCGCACUUCCACUGGAAAAGAAAUAUCAUUCCUGUCAUUUGCGAAAGCUUGUCUGCUGGUAGAGUCCAUGUUGUCUGAUGCUCUGACAGUGAGUGUAGACUAUGCAGGGACCGUCAUAGCCGUCACUCUCUCUCCCACCGUUUCUGUCUGUGAGAACCAUCCCAUCAGCUCUGCAGAUCUGCGUGGCUUCAACACCUUCGUGCACUUUAGACACAUUGAACAAGGACCCAUGCCUGAUACUGCUGCUUAUAUUCAGAAGCUGGAAAGAGAGAGGGAAGCUAGAGAAAGAGGGGAAGUCAAGGAUAACCGUUCUUUCCUAGCAAAAUAUUGGAUGUACAUUGUUCCAGUCGUAAUUUUUGUGGUUCUCUCGGGCGCAAGUAACCCUGAGGCAACUGGAGGAGGUGGGGGUGGAAGAUAGUCAAGAACUAUCUAUUAGUUUGUUAUAGCAUUUAGUCGUUGUGUGUGAAUGUUGUUUAUCAGUUUAUAUUGUUUUUGUGUACAAUGCAAGUGUAUUUAUUUGCAAUAAAUCUUAUGUUAUUAGCUCA